AUGGGGAAGCAGUUCGCUGAAAAGCCAUUUAAAACAUGGUGCGAAAGGAUGCACAUCGAACAGAACUUCGCUUCGGUCGCCCAUGCCGAGGCUAACGGACAGGUGGAAAGAGCCAACCGCAGCAUUGUGGAAGGCAUCAAAAAGUGGCUGGGGAAAGAAGGAGUCUCCUGGGCAGACGAACUUCCGCAUGUCCUAUGGGCACACAGGACGAUGCCGAAAACAAGCACAAGGCAAACUCCCUUCAGUUUGACAUACGGCUCGGAGGCAGUCAUUCCCGCCGAAGUUGGCAUCCCUACCCCUCGCAUGCGCCAAAGCCAAGAAGAGAAUGAGCAACAACUUCGUCUAAACCUCCACCUAGCCGAGGAAAGAAGAGAACUUGCAGCCAUCCGAGAAGCAAAAUACAAGAAAGAGUUGGAAAAACAUUACAACUUAAAAGUCAAAGAGGUCCGGUUCAAAGAAGGAUAUUAUGUUAUGCGGAGAAACGAUGCAAGUUUGGCCAAGGGUACGGGAAAGAUGGCUAUGAAGUGGGAAAGGCCCUAUCAAAUCAAAACCUCUGGAAAAAAUGGUGCCUACACACUCACCAAGAUGGAUGGAACUCCCAUUCCUCGUACCUAG